GGCUUGCAAAGUUGCAGGUUCCAACUCGCUUGGCGAAGCGUUAUCCCCGGCCCCCAAGCACCCGCCAUCUCCCGCGCGCGCGGCCGCGCUCGCCCAUGAACGCUCGGCGCCAUCACCAAUGGGCGGCCACCGCGGCGCUGCUCCUCCUCCUCCUCUCCCUUGCCGCCGGAGCUGCGGCGGCGGCGGCGGCGGGGCGGAGGGAGGUGGUGACCUCGCGGCACGGCGCCGUGGCGGCGGACGACGGGCGGUGCUCGAGGAUCGGGCGCGACGCGCUCCGCGACGGCGGUAGCGCCGUGGACGCCGCCGUCGCCGCGUCGCUCUGCCUCGGCGUCGUCAGCCCGGCCUCCAGCGGGGUCGGCGGCGGCGCCUUCAUGCUCGUCAGGCUCGCCGACGGCACCGCCGUCGCGUACGACUCCCGCGAGACCGCCCCCAUGGCCGCAUCCCAGGACAUGUAUGGUGGCAAUGAAACGCUGAAAGCAAGGGGAGCUCUCUCCAUAGCAGUUCCUGGGGAAAUUGCAGGUCUGUAUGAGGCAUGGAAGCGCCAUGGCAAGCUUCCUUGGAAGAGGUUAGUGAUGCCAGCUGCAAAGCUUGCCCGGGCAUUCAGGGUAUCACCUUAUCUGAGAAAACAGAUGGAGGCCACGAGAGAUGGCAUUCUCCAAAAUAGGGGAAUCAGUGCCGUGUAUACCUCAAAUGGAGAUAUCCUUAAUGUUGGAGACGUAUGUCGCAACACUAGGCUUGCAAGAACACUUGAAGCUGUCGCAGACAAAGGGCCGGAUGCGUUCUACAAAGGCGCAGUUGGUGAUCAGCUGGUAAAGGAUAUUCAGGACGUUGGAGGAAUCAUAACAAUGGAAGAUCUGAAGAAAUACCAAGUUAAGGUGAGGCAGCCACUUUCCGAGAAUGUAAUGGGCCUGACAAUACUGACUAUGCCUCCUCCUUCAGCUGGUGGUGCUGGGCUAAUGCUUGUUCUGAAUAUCCUUACUCAGUAUGGCCUCCCUGCUGGUUUUUCUGGCUCUCUUGGGAUCCAUCGCCUAAUUGAGUCCUUGAAACAUUACUUUGCUGUAAGGAUGAACCUUGGUGACCCUGAGUUUGUGAAUGUUAACGAAGUUGUCUCUGAUAUGAUGUCCCCCAAUUUUGCUGCUGACCUGAAGAAAACCAUCUAUGAUAACAUGACAUUUUCCCCUAAACACUAUGGUGACAGGUGGAACAUCCUUCAGGACCACGGAACAAGCCACCUGUCCAUCGUCGACAGCGAGAGAAACGCCAUUUCGAUGACUACUACCGUCAACGCGUACUUCGGAUCCUUGAUCCUGUCUCCGAGCACGGGCAUUCUGCUGAACAACGAGAUGGACGACUUCUCCAUGCUGGCGAACACGUCUGCAAGCUCUCCACCUCCUGCUCCCGCCAACUUCGUUAGACCUCUCAAACGGCCUCUCUCCUCCAUGACUCCCACCAUAAUUCUCAAGGAUGGCAAACUGAAGGCCGCCGUUGGCGCCAGUGGCGGAAGCAUGAUCCCAGCUGGAACCAUGGAGGUGCUCCUCAACCAUUUCGUCAAGAACAUGGACCCGUUGUCCUCGGUCAUGGCGCCGCGAGUGUACCACCAGCUGAUCCCGAACGUGGUCCAGUACGAGAACUGGACGACGGUGACCGGCGACCACUUCGAGCUGGACGCCGCGACGAGAGCAGACCUGCAGAACAAGGGCCACGUCUUGGCGCCGCUCGCCGGAGGGACCAUCAGCCAGUUCGUCGUGCACAACGUCGAGCGCCGCGGCGAUCUGACCGCCGUCAGCGACCCGAGGAAAGGCGGCGUCCCGGUCGGCUACUAGGCCGCCGGCCGAGCGAACUAGCUUGAUCCUUGUGCUAUGCAGCGAUGAUUGUGUGCUGCGCCAUUCAUGGACAGAUUUUGUACACGUCACUCUGUUCAGUGAUUUCUGCCGAAUAAAUAACUGGAGUGCAAUUUAA